CAAAAGCUUCCCUACUCAAUUUAUCUGGGUCAUGAAAAGCUAACAGCUCUAUUGUGUAAAGCCAUCUGACCUGUGCUUCUCUUCUGUUGUCUUCCUUCAAGGCAUAGACUGGAUUGGAGGAGGCAGCUGUGAGAUUCUCUGAGACUCCGUCUGACACUGAGCAGAGGCAUCUGGCACGGAAAGCAAGCAGGAAAAGGACAACCAGAAGGUCAGUCCAAAGGUACCCAAAGCAGGUGGACUCUAGCUGUGUGCCGCACUAACUCACUCUGAGUCUGCUGCAAAACUGGGCAUUUCAGUCGUGAAGUUGACUUGCUCACUUCUUCACCAGGUGGCACGUGUCCUCCUUGCUGCAUUUCAGGGUGAUAUGCAAGAGAAUGAGAAUGAAGGGCGGCUAUCUCCGUUAUCACCAUCAGAAUUGGCCGUAACAAAUGAAUUAUGUGCAAUCUUGUCAGAAGAAGAAGAUCACGGAAGCCUGGUUUGGGACCUUCGCGAAGGAGGAGAGAGAGAAAGAGAUGCUGCCAUCUGCUCGCCAAGGAGCAAGGAAGUAGAGGGUUUCCUGACUCGCUGCAGGAAAUACCUGAGGAGUCAAGGCAGCUGUCGCAGAGUAGAGGCAAAGCAGGGACAGCAGGUACUGUGCCGGAGAGUGAAAACGAAGGGGAACCACAUGCAAUACCUGGAGGAGCCCAGCAUGAGAAGCCGGCUGUUAGUUCACCCCAGAGGAUUUGCUUAGGCACAAAAUCGUAUAUAUGCCCAGUGUGUGGGAAAAGCUUCACUUCUCGCUCUAGCCUUACUAGACAUCUAAGAAUCCACACAGGGGGAAAACCAUAUGAAUGCUUGGAAUGUGGACGAGCAUUUAUGGACAAGUCCAACCUUGUUAGACACAGAAUGACCCACACAGCUGAGAAACCAUAUGAAUGCCCAGUGUGUGCCCAAAGAUUCAGCCGUAGGGAAAACCUUAUGGUCCAUCAAAGUAUUCACACAGGGGAAAGACCGUUUGGAUGCCUGGACUGUGAGAAAAAGUUCCGACUCAAGAAAAGCCUUAUUAACCACCAAAGAAUUCAUUCAGGGGAGAAACCAUAUAAACAUGAGGUGUGUGGGAAACGUUUCAGAAACAGCAAAAGCUUUGCUAGACACAAAGAAAUCUGCCACAUGGGGAAUGAAUGCUCAGGAGGUGGAAAGAGCUCCUGCCAGGGAACAAUCCCGAUUGAAGAUCAGAGAGCUUACUGGGCAACACGGACUUAUAAAUGCUCACACUGUAAUGAGAGCUUUGCUGAUCCGUUGGGCUUGGAGGAACAUGAGAGAACACACAAUGGAGAAAGCAGCUCAUAACUGCGUGUUUGGAAAGAGGUUCCUUUGCAGCACAUGUUAUAUUUACAUCAAGAAAUCUUGGAGAAUGCAAGAUUAUUAUCGGAGCACCACAUGGCAGUUAGGAAAUUAAGCGAGGCCUGCUCUGAGUAUCCUGCUUUUCUGUACGCUGGAAAGCAUUUGCAUGGCGCUGGGCCUUUUUACAUUAGUUGCUGUCUGCGUGGAUCUUCCAGCAUAGACUUCUGCAGCCCAUUGAAGAUUUUAAUUGCAUGUUUUAUCUUGAGAGAUUCAAGAGUAUUAAUCAUUUUAUUCUUUUAUGGAAACACAGAGAGCAGCCUGAUACAUGAAGCUUGCUUUUUGCUACAGACUCAUACACUGCAGCCAAUGGUUGACAUGCAGAAUAUUACACCAACACACGUGUUAAACAGGAGGGACGUUUUCUGGCCACCUGCCUUCCUGGGGAAAGCUUUCUGCAGCUUCUGAAAACAUAUCCCUGAGGGCUGUGUAACUCACAGGGACAUGUGUUCCGGACACACAGGCAGCUUCCGAGGGAAAGAGAGUGACACAGAAACAUUGCUUGCCUGGGAGUGUGCGUGCACUCAAGAUGUGCCCACAAUUCCUUAUUCUGGAUGUCAGCUGAUAUUUUUAGAUCAAAGAAUAUUCACAUGACAAGAAAAUGGCCUGACUACUCAGAUUGUAGCAAAGUAUUCUGUGAUAAUCAGGCUGGAUUAACAUGGAAACCAUUCAGGGGGAAAGGAAACCUGAAUCUGCAUGGAAAAGCAGCCGAGAAGGAAGGGAAAUGUAUCAAAGACUUCUGUUGUUCCAACUGAAAUGUACAUGAAGAUACCAGCUGCUACUUUUCAGAUAUUUAACAUAGUUUCUUUUUAUCACUGCUUCUGUAUUGGACUGUAUUUACAUUGCUUAUUAAAAUUUUGUGAACUUUUUGGGUUUUU